UUCUCAGUUGCGUAACAAGGGGUGAGCAGUCCUCUCCAUAGUGGGGGCACUAAUUCAGGCCUUUCUCCACUACAUGACUGACGAAUUCAAAGAAACUCGUCAAAACUUCAGUGCUGUGUUGAAUUUGACUGAGCUUGGCCAAAGAUCCAAAAAAUACCCGAGAGGACGCAGAUGUGCACACAUAUGCAUGAAGACAGUGCAGUAACAGUAGUUCAUCUCCGCUGGCAACCAGGCUAAGCAGUACGUCUGCGUCUGAAGAAGACAGAAAAGGAGAAUACAGCAAUGUCUCACUUCGAAAAUAAAGGCCUAAUACUGGGCGUAAUGGCAGGGACCGCUGGAAUAAGCCUGUUCCUCAUCUGGUACCAUAAGAUGCGAAAGCCCGGCGCAGCCGUGAGUACCUCUGCGCUGCUCGCCGCGGGGAAAGGGUUUAAUGCGGUGGGCUUGCAAAACGAAGCUCCUAGCGAGCAGGGAGCUGUGGUGGUCCUGCACGGAAGACAGCUUCAGAUCCUAGAAAAACUGAACGGCUUGCUAGUCAGUGUGGACGAGCUGAAGAGAGAGGUGGCGUCCCUUAAAGAAGCUCUUCCCAAGCUGGAAGACCUUGUCCGCGCGGAGCUGCGAGGCAAGGGCGACGCUCCGAGGGGCAGCCCAUCGCACAGAGCAGCCCGACGGAGAAGAACUGAGGCAGAUCCGGGCGCAGCGGAAACCACCAGCUCCGAGGAGGCGGAAAGCGAAGGAGGUUAUAUUACAGCUCAUACUGAUACUGAAGGAGAGUCUGAGGAAGAAAAGGGAUGGAUGAAAUCGCCUGAUGUUGCUGUGCGAUCAGAAGAAGAAAAAGAGUUAUUUAACCUUUUGCAGCAGGUGGACAGUUUGCACAAGGGUUCAGAGGAUGAUAAGAAGAAAAGUUUCAGACUGCUGCUUGAGAAAGAGGACAAGUAUGAAAACUGUGCAGGCUUUCUUUGGAGAAUUGCUCGCGCUUACGGAGAUCUGUUUGAGAUGACUACAGAUGCUGAGGAAAAGAAAAAGUAUGUUACUGAUGGAAGGAGUAAAGCUGAAAAGGCCAUCCAGCUGGAUGCCAUGAAUGCAGAGAGUCAUCAGUGGUUUGCAAUUAUGUGUGGCUAUAUGUCUCAGUUUGAAAGUGUACAAAACAAAAUCAGGAAUGGUUAUCUCUUUAAGGAGCAUCUAGACAAAGCAAUUGAACUUAAGCCUCAAGAUCCUUUUUUAUAUUACCUAAAUGGAAGAUGGUGCUAUUCAGUAGCUCAGUUGUCUUGGAUUGAAAAGAAAGUAGCUGCUGCUCUUUUUGGGACUCCACCAACUUCAACAGUAGAAGAAGCAUUGCAGAAUUUCCUUAAGGCAGAAGAAAUAUGUCCAGGAUAUUCCAAGUCAAAUUAUGUGUAUUUGGCAAAGUGCUAUAAAGAUCUUGGCCAGAAAAACAGCGCUCUGAAGUACUGUGAUUCUGCACUGUCAAUUCUCUCAGUUACUAAUGAGGAUAAAGAGGCCCAGAAAGACUUAGAGGCUCUACUUCUCACACUGAAGCUGUGAUACUACGCACUUUUAACUCUUCAUGCUGUGAUAAAAUUGCAGAAUCAAAAUGAGAAUCUGUAGACGCUGGGGACUGCAGGUAGAUUUUCCGCUAAGCCGGUGGGAAACCUGUCAUUGGUUUCAGUGAGUUUGGAUCAUGGCCUUUAACUGUCUGCAUAUUAUGAUAUGAAAGUGAUAUAUUAAUUUCUUUGAAUAUUUAUAAAUCUUAAGUUUAAUUUUAGAUUGUUGACACUGUGAGUUCGAUUCUCUGAACAUGAAGUCCGCUGCUGGCAAUGGACAUAGUGGGGGUUGGAGUGCAAAUUGCAUAAAUCUUGCUAUUUGAGAUAUUAACCAACUAAAAUGUGAUGCCAGCAUAGAACUGCAUGUAGCAAAAAAAAAAAAAAUUAUACUUUUGGUUUCUACAGUAAAUUAUGUUUGUAUCAACUGAUCUGCCGAGAUGUAUGCAAAGGGAAAUCAUGAAUGUUUUGUUUAUACAUUUAAAAAAUAAGAAUCUCAUUGAAGUUAAAGAAGAAGCUGUUGCCUCCGCAAAGCUCUUUUUACUUUAAAUCUGCUGUUGGUUUUACAUGGAAAUAUGAAAACUUUAUAAAUUAAGUACUGAAGUUAUAUUUUACGUUAUUUGUAACCUCAACAAGUUAAAUAUUAAAAAUCAGACCAAUGAUGUUAAGUGUUUUGGCCAAAUCUGUUAUAGCUGUGAUUUUCAUUGGAUUUUUUAUGAGACCUCCGUCAAGUUUGUGAAUCCUGGCUGUUUUGCUUUGAACAAUUGCCUGCUGUGGUGGUGCUAUUGCGUCUUCUGAGGACUUUCUCCAGCAUGUGACUAUCUUUAACCUUUUAUAUCUGCUGUAUAACAUAAUUUGACAUAAAAGUAGAAUGGUUAAAGACCUACUACUUUUGCCUGAGUGUAUAGGGCAGCGAUGUUUUCAAUAAAACAUAAUAGGCAGGGAGAGAAUUUUCUUCACUAACGGACUGAUCUAGAAUUCACCAAAGUCUGUAGAAAAAGAAAGGCAAGUUUUCAUUGGCUUUUAAAUCAGGGUCUUAAUCUAGAGGUAAAGAGUGUAUCCAGAAGUAAGCAUUCCUGUUAAAGGAAAUGAAGCGAAUAAAGUUGGAUAGGUACAGCUGCACAAUCCUUCUACUUGUUUGAUGUGUAAGAUAAAAGUGGACCAAUUUAUGGCUAAGGCAUGGAGAACUCUUAACGGCACCAGUGUAUUAAACUAAUGACUGGGCCUUUAAUUUCGGACUGAAGGGGGCAGUGACAUAAACUUACUAGGAACUACAGUGACCUGAAUAAAGAUCUAGAAAAGUUGGGCAGAUGUGGAGGAAUGCGUGUACAUAUGACUGAAGCAUCUCAUAGUAAGUGAGCUUUGGCAACUGACAACAAAAGGCAAUAGGUGCAGAGUAGUGGAAGAAGACAAAUGUGUAGAGUUAUAUUUGAAUUCAGCCUAAAUCCAUGAGUCCUCCUGAAGUGCAGGGAUUUUGCAAGCUCUUCAUUAAAAAAAGGGCUGUCCAUUUUCCAAAUAAGUUUUUUAAAAAUAAGUUUUUAGAAAUGCUAGCAUUACCAUGGGAUAUUUCUGACCAAAAUCUGAAAGUUCAAAACACUGGUUCUGAAUUUUCACUGUCAUCUUCAUGUCUUUCAUUCUGCAGAAGUUCUCCACAAAUUGCAGUAAGCAUUUUAAUAGUUUUCAGUGUUCUUUCUGAGGGAGAAUAUUUAAUAUACCCAUUUUUCAAUCCCAGAGUUCUUUUUCACACAAAAUUUCAGGAAAAAGGGGAAAUAUCAGACUGAAUAAAUGAUAUCAAGUAAUUCCUUCUCUGAAAGAAUAAAUGGCUUGUGAAUGGAGGAGCAGCUGCAAAGGUGACAUGUCUCGAUUUUGGUAAGGGGCUUUGGGUAAAGGCUGCUUUUGACAUUGUGGUAGUCAAAGUAGAUAAGCAUCAUCUGAAUUGAUCUACCCCAGUGAUUUGUGCUGUUAGGGUUGUUGUUAGUAAUUCACUGUCACCUAGGAGGAUGCAACAAGUAGGGUUUUACCUAGAUCUGUUUAAUGCUGUUUGGUAUUCUUUAUAAAUUGUAUUGAAUUAUGCAAUAGAUUCUUCAUUUACAAACAAAAAUUACUGAUGAAAGUGUUUUGGAGGAAAGGAUUAGAACUAUAAAUUAUUUAAAUUAAUUGGAGAAAUUGUGAGGUAAGUAGGUAUCACUUCAUUAAGGGCAAUUAGUAAGUAUUACAUUCAAGUAAUAGCAGAUAGAGGAUGGAGGAUAACACAGUAGGUUUUGUAAUUCUGUGAAAAAGGACCUGCAGAUUCCAGUGAACAGCAAGCUAACCAUGGGUCAAUAAUGUCAUGUUUUUGUGAGAAAGCAAAUUACAUACUAGAGUGAAUAAAUAAGAGUGCACGUGGAAUAACCUUUUACUCUAAUUAGGCCUAAUAAGCUCUAAUUAGGUCUGGGCUGGAAUACUGUAUCCAGUUUUGGGCACCACACUUCCAAGAAGGCUGCAGGCGAAUUGGAAAGAGGCCAGCGGAGAGAGACAAGAAAGACGAGAGGGACAGACAACAUGAUUUUGUGUGUGAAAAAUGGAAGAGUUUGGUUUGUUUAGUCUGCAAGAGUGAAGACCAAAGGAGUAUUCACAUUUGUAAAAAGUUAUUGCAGAGGAGAGAGUAAAACAAAAACCCCUCAAGUCCUGUUCUCCAUAUUCGCUGUUCAUAAGACAAGUAGUUGGCUACCUUUAGCUUAGACAUUAGAGGAAAAAAAUCCUGAUGGUAACUUUGCAAAGCCCUGCAAUACAUUUCCGGAGAACAUUAUAAAAUCAUUUACGCAAGUUUUUAAGAAAAAGUUAAACAAAGAUGACUUUAAACAUUGGCGAUGUUUAAGGCACAGCUCAUCCUCUGGCAGAGGUGAACUAGAUGACUUCUUAUGAUCUCUUCUGGCCUUGCUAUCUCUGGGGAGUACAGGCCCCUGCAGGCCACGGGCACUCCUCCUCCUCCUCCUCCUCCAUUUCCGCAGUCAGUGGGAUUGCAUCUGCACACACUGGCUCUGAAUUGGGGCCCAGCCUACCGAAUGAGUUGUUACUGUGAAACAUUUACCAUCAUGUCUCAAGACAUGAACUUAAAGGUGCACAUUACGGCUAUCAGCAGCAGCUUAUUUGGUUUGUUGCACCUGUGGUUUUAAUCCAUGUAGGCUUUUAAUAGAAAUUCUAGUUUUAUGAAAUGAAAUUACUGAUCUUCUGCCUUUGCAGUUUUCUGAACUAAAGCUCUUCUGCUGUUUUAAUUUUUGUUACUGUUCUAUGUGUAGAAUCUCAAAAUAACAUCUGGGAAAUAAAAUGCCGAUUUUA